GCAAAUAGAUAAAGUUUGAGACCGUUGGUAUCUUUCCCUCUUUCUCAGCCUCUCGUUUCUCAUCUAAGAGUAGCAGAGAACCGCCGAUGCUCCUCCGUCUUCUUUGCCGGUGACUUUCUCUUCCCUUUAACUUCCGAUUAAAACAAUGAGCCUUCGUUUAGUUUCCUCCGUAUUCUCCGGCAUCUAUUGCAUCCCUAACCUCCACGAGACUCAUUCUCUUCUUCGCUCUAUCUUCUUCAUUCACGGGAACAAACCGGCGUAUACCGGUCGUCGACAACCGAUUCUGUACUCAACCUAUGGCGACCGGAGCAGAGAAAGUUUCGGCACCGCCGCAGAUGUUUCGGAAACGCCUUCUUCGUCUCUUUUCGACGACGAGCUUCUGAGCAGCGUAUCCGCCGUUAGAGAUGCGGAUGAAGCGCUCGAGAUGAUUUCUGAUCGAUUCGGAUCAAAUCGCGGCGGAAUCGUAGCAAUCAAAGAUUGCCGCUCGAUUAUCUCCGCUGCUGUCAGCCGCGGCAAUGUGGAGCUGGCGCUGUCGAUUUUCUACGCCAUGCGAACGAGUUUCGAUUUAGGUGGGAGUGACAGUGAUCGAUGGAGAUGGUCAAGGCCUGAUGUUGAGGUGUACACGUUGUUGGUGAAUGGUCUUGCUGCUUCCUUGAGGGUUUCUGAUUCUCUAAGGAUCAUCAGAGAUAUUUGCCGCGUUGGAAUCUCCCCUGCCGAGGAGGUACCCUUUGGUAAAGUUGUGAGAUGUCCGAGCUGUUUGAUUGCAGUUGCUGUUGCACAGCCUCAACAUGGAGUUCAGAUUGUCUCCUGCGCUACUUGCCGUUACCAAUACGAGCUUUUCUCUGGUGACAUAACCAGCAUAGAAUCAGAAGAGCUCGGGAGCUACAUCUGCCGCACGCAGCAAGGACAUUCCUCUGUGGGAAAAGGGACUCAGACUAAUCCAGAUAAAGAAGGACAAAGUCAUCUCUUCUGUGCACUCUAUUGUGGUACAAACACCUUCUGGUACAGCACGAACGCACCGGUUUGCCACUGAGACACCCGAGCUCCCUGCGCGAGAAGGAGAACGAGUGACAAUUGCAUCUGCUGCUCCAUCGGAUGUUUACAGACAAGUGGGACCUUUCAAGUUUACCCCCAAGGCUCCAAACCUUUACCCUGGAGAACCUAUGAGCAUCACAAAGCAUAAGGACGGACGAGAAUCGCUUUUGUUAAGGCCUCCUAGCAAAGAAGGAGAUAAAAGCUUGCAGCCCUCGUUUCUGAUUCCCCUUCUUGCUGUUUUGGCUACCGGAGAUGCUGCUUCUGGCAUGAUUGAUCCCAGUUUGCCUCAGUUACUCUCAGUUGCUGCUGUCACAUCACUGGCAAUCGGAGCGACCCUUAAUUCUUUUGUCCUUCCUCAGCUAAAUCAGCUCCCUGAAAGAACAGUGGAUGUGGUCGGUAUCAAACAGCAACUUUUAUCUCAGUACGAUGUGCUCCAGCGUCGCAUUGGAGAUCUAAAAGAAGCAACUGAGAAAGAGGUGUGGAUGUUGGCUCGAAUGUGCCAGCUUGAAAACAAAAUUCUAGCCGUGGGAGAGCCAGCGUACCGUACUCGAAGAACAAGAGUAAAGAAGGUACGAGAAAGUCUUGAAAACUCCAUAAAAGGAAGGAUUGAGCUGAUCGAUAGUUAUGCCAGAAUAUCUUCAAUGAUUGAGAUCGAGGUGGAAAUGGACAGUGAUGUUCUUGCAGCCGAGGCAGUGAACAAUACUGAAAACAUUGCUCAACAGAUAGAACAGAUCAUGGAACUUGAAAACCUUGAAGAGAAAUGGAAAUUGCAGGCUGAAGCAAACGAUGAGGCCGAGAGACUUCUCAGCUCCCAACCUUAAACACCUCUCUCAACAAACAAACCCCGGUCAAAACUUCUGGAGCAUCGCUAAAAGUUAAAGUUUCUUCUGUCGGUCGCUACAAGUUAAUUUCUCUUUGCUAAUUAUACAUUGUUGUGUUGUGAUACAGUAUAUAGUUUAAUAAUCACCGAAAUGUUUUUUCUUUGAAUUGUGUAUAAUUUAUUCUUUUCUUUUUUGCGUGUGUAUGCAAGCUCUGGUUAAUUAUUAUUACUCCUACUAGUUGCUAAGCACGCACAGCGACUUUCUUUCUCCAGAAAAAUGUGAGCCUGUCUGUGACAUUCAUAAGUAAACCAAUAUAAAAAGAGAAAAAUGAAAUGAAAAGGCCACGUGUCCUCUCUUCUCCACUCUCUUUUUAUUCAGAAACAAAGGUUUUGUUAUUUAUUUCCAGAGAAGCUUCUCUUUUGAUUCUCUCUCUCUCUUUCUCUCUUCAUCGCCUCUUGGAGCUCAGAUGGUGAAGAAUAUUCUGGUGACCGGCGGUGCUGGUUACAUCGGGAGUCACGCGGUGCUCCAACUUCUUCUCCGCGGCUACACCACCGUCGUCAUCGACAACCUCGACAAUUCGUCUCUCGUUUCGAUCCAGCGCGUCAAGGAGCUCGCCGGAGAUCAUGGAGAAAAUCUCACAUUCCACCAGGUGGACCUUUGCGAUAAACCCGCGCUUGAGAGAGUUUUCUCCGAGUCAAAGUUCGAUGCAGUAAUGCAUUUUGCUGGAUUGAAAGCAGUGGGGGAGAGCGUGGCGAAACCGCUUCUGUAUUACAACAAUAACUUGAUUGGGACUAUUACACUCUUGGAAGUAAUGUCUGCACACAAAUGUAAAAAACUUGUAUUUUCUUCGUCGGCUACUGUAUAUGGCUGGCCAAAGGAGGUUCCUUGUACAGAAGAGUCCCCUCUUUCUGGAAUGAGUCCUUAUGCAAGAACAAAGCUGUUCAUUGAGGACAUAUGCCGUGAUGUACAACGGGGUGAUCCCGAAUGGAGAAUCAUAAUGCUGAGGUACUUCAACCCUGUGGGAGCUCACCCUAGCGGUCGCAUUGGUGAGGAUCCUUGUGGGACUCCAAAUAACCUCAUGCCUUAUGUCCAGCAAGUCGUUGUUGGGAGGCUGCCUAACCUCAAGAUUUAUGGAACCGACUAUACCACUAAAGAUGGCACCGGUGUACGAGACUAUAUUCAUGUUGUUGAUCUAGCAGAUGGCCAUAUAUCUGCGCUUCAAAAGCUAGAAGAUUCCGAAAUAGGUUGCGAGGUAUACAACCUAGGAACCGGCAAAGGAACAACGGUGUUGGAGAUGGUUGAUGCAUUUGAAAAAGUUUCAGGAAUGAAAAUACCACUGGUGAAGGUUGGAAGAAGACCAGGUGAUGCAGAGACGGUCUACGCAUCAACCGAGAAAGCUGAACGUGAUCUAAACUGGAAGGCAAAUUUCGGAAUCGAAGAGAUGUGUAGGGACCAAUGGAACUGGGCAAGCAACAAUCCUUUCGGUUAUGGUUCUUCACCAGACACAACAUAACGACAGAGCUAAAAUCCAAACACCAUUCUUUUUCUUACACCUCUCAGAUUCAUAUUCAUAGCUUUGAAGCCAAAAAACACAGUGAGUAAGCUCUACUUACUUCUCUAUUCAUAUAUUUUGCUUUCUCCUUUUGUAAUUUAUAUUUACAUAUACACACACGCAUAGGGGUUAACUUAAGUGGAUUCUUUUGUUUGUUGGAUUUGUAUCAUCUUUUCCUAGGAAAUCAAUUCUUUUUUUUUUGUGUUAUUUAUGGGAUUAUAUUUGUAUUGAAUAGAAAUUGAAUUCAGUUUUUGUUUAUGGGUAAGGGUUUGUUUUGUAUUAUUAUUAUAUACAGAACCUCUGAGUUUAUCACUUUCUUCUUCACCU